AUGGUAGCUGGUGAAACAGGUGUUAACAGCAAUGUUUUCGAAUGCGAAGAAGACAACAACGAUUUGUGCACAAAAAACUUAAAAAGAAGCGGCUGGAAUUAUAAGGAAAUGAAAAAAAAACAUAUUGAGCAACAGAAUUAUGUCCGUGCUAUGCGCCUAUGUCUCGAAAAUCAUGGAAUUGAAGUGGAAGUUGUAACGCGAAGCGAAUAUACAGUGGAAGUAGUAGCUCAUGCAGAUGCAGUGUUUUCGGCUGGAGGUGAUGGUACUUUUUUGGUGGCUGCUGAGAAGAUACGUGAUCAUCGAGCUGUCGUUGGCUUUAAUACCGAUCCAAUGGGGUCUGAAGGUUAUCUAUGUAUAACAAGGAAAGGAACGCAACCAGUUGGUGAAAUAAUCGAGAAACUACUCAAGGGCGAGUGCAGGUGGAUUCGAAGACAUAGAAUACGAGUCACAGUAUUAAAAUGGGUAGAAAAUAACAAAAAUAAUGCGGAAUUUGAUGAAGAGUGUUAUGAGAAAAGCGACAAAUUACGUGAAGCCAGGUUGUUUUUGCAAGAUGAUUGCGAUCCAGAGUAUCCUCUCUUAGCUCUUAAUGAUGUAUUCAUUGGUGAAAGUCAUGCUUCUCGAGCUAGCUAUUAUGAUGUUCAAAUUGAUGAUGGCCCUAUGGUACGUCAGAAAAGCUCUGGUAUGACAGCUUGCACUGGAACAGGCUCUACAUCAUGGAAUUACAACAUCAACCGUGUUUCGGAGCAGCAUGUUGGGGAAUUGUUAUCUAUAAUGGAAGGUAUGGAUUUGCUUGCUGUUAAUCCAACGGAUGCUAUCACUCAGGAAAUAUGCAAGCGCUUCAAUGAAAAGUUAAUUUUCGAUCCGCAGUGUACAACAAUAGCAUUUACUGUUCGAGAUCCAGUAUUCAAUGCAACAUUCCCAGUUGGAAUACAGCGCGGUUUUGCUAAAAGGAUACGAGUCAGAUCGAGAUGUACAAAUGCUCAUAUUGUUUUAGACAGUAAUGUUUCUGUACCUUUCAAUUCCGGGAUGGAAGUACUCCUAGAAAUCCAUGAAAGUGAUGCAUUAUGUUCCACUGUGUUUUCCUGA